GCUGAAUUAUUGAUUGAAAUUGAUCAAAUCGAAGCGUUCGAAUGAAAACAAAGUCAGGAAAUAUCAAAGAAUGCAGUUCUGUAACAUGAUAGAUGUGCAUUGGAAACCAUCCGUAGUGUGCGAACUAAAAAUUUUUUGCGACUUUUUCAGUUUCAACUCAAUAAAAUAUUGCGAAAUAUAAUCUACAGUGAUGAAUUAUUCAAGAUUUUUUUUCUUCGCGUAUGCGUUGGGUGUAAAAACCAGAUAGAAAAGAACAAACAACAAAAAAAAACCUGAUAAGAAUUUCAUCUAUUUCGAACGUAGCUCAAGUCGAUUUCAAUCUGAAAUCAUAAUUUUUCAUCAUCUAUUUCACGACGCCAAAUAAUUGGUGACAUUUCAGUCACUUGAAAAAGUCCGCUCAAUUUAAAUCGGUAUAUGCUUGAUAAAUGCUUGCUCGGGAGCGUACCAGCAAUAUGGAUAUUUUGGAGCUAAUUGAGCAUGAGCAACAUCAAUCGCAGGAACAACCGUCUACAAAUCACCACGUUCGAUUCCUGCCCACAACACAACAAAUCCUAGAGAUGACGAUACAAACGAAGCGCAUGACUUUGGAUCCAAGGGAUGUGCUAAAAGUUGAACGACCAUUCUAUGAACAACAACAAAUCAACAAUGAAUUAAACUACUCGAAGCCCGAUAAUGAUGAACGAAAAGGCUACACACAAUGGUUAUGCAAUAUUAAACCGAUCAAUAUUUGCCUCAGCAUUUUUCCAAUAUUCGCAUGGUUGUCAACGUAUAACAUAAAAAAUGAUUUAAUUGGUGAUAUUAUAAGCGGUUGCACAGUUGCAAUAAUGCACAUACCACAAGGAAUGGGCUAUGCAAUGUUGGCAAAUGUACCCGCAAUCAAUGGAAUUUAUACAGCAUUUUUCCCCGUUUUAGUCUAUUUCAUUUUUGGCACAUCAAAACAUAAUUCAAUGGGCACUUUUGCGGUGGUAUCAAUUAUGGUUGGCAAAACAGUUUUAAAGUAUUCACACGAAGUGCCCACAUUUUAUCCGGCCGACAAUGGCACCAUCACCCAUACAGAUGAAAUGUAUAUGGUCGAAAACUCGUAUAAACCAAUGCAAGUGGUUACAUCAUUAUGUCUGGUCAUUGGUUGUAUUCAAAUUGCAAUGUAUGUUUUAAGAUUGGGCAUAAUAUCAACUUUAUUGUCCGAAACCCUGGUAUCGGGCUUCACAACGGGCGCCGCAAUUCAUGUGUUCACAUCACAAGUGAAAGAUCUUCUUGGCAUUACAUUAAAAGGUGGCGGCGAUGGAAACUUUAAAAUAAUUUUGAAUUACAUUGAAAUAUCGGAAAAUUGGUCAAAUAUAAAUUGGACGGCUGUGAAAAUAUCUGUGGUGACGAUAACAAUAUUAUAUUUGAAUAAUGAAUUGCUCAAACCGAAAUUGAGUAAAAUUUGCAUUUUGCCGGUGCCAAUCGAAUUGAUAGCCGUUGUGGCUGGUACACUACUAUCAAAUUACAUGGACUUAUCAACAAACUAUCAAAUUAAAACCAUCGGUGAAAUUCCGACAGGAUUUCCAGAUUUUGAAUUGCCAGACUUGAGCCUAUCGAAGCAAUUGCUUGUAGAUGGUUUCAUCAUAUCGAUGGUGUCAUACACUGUGUCCGUAUCGAUGGCACUGAUUUUUGCACAGAAGUUAAACUAUGAAAUCGAUUUUAAUCAGGAGUUAUUGGCUAUGGGCGCUUCAAAUGUAUGUGGUUCAUUUUUCUCGUGUUUACCAUUUUCUGCGUCAUUAUCCAGAUCGGUUAUCCAACAAUCGACGGGCGGACGAACACAAAUUGCAUCGAUCAUUUCAUGUGGACUACUAACAAUUGUGCUAAUGUGGAUCGGACCAUUCUUUGAACUACUUCCAAGAUGUGUAUUGGCCAGUAUUAUAGUUAUUGCUCUUAAAGGGAUGCUUAUGCAAAUCAAACAAUUUGUCGAAUUUUGGAAAAUGUCUCAUUUGGAUGCAGCCGUUUGGAUGGUGACAUUUUUAACUGUAGUCAUUGUUGCUAUUGAUAUCGGCCUUUUGGUUGGCAUCAUUCUUAGUUUGGCUUGUAUUUUUAUUCGCUCCAUGAAACCAUAUACCUGCCUUUUAGGACACAUACCAAAAACUGAUCUGUAUCUCGAUAUCACAAGAUAUAAGGCUGCAGAAGAGAUCAGUGGCUUGAAAAUUUUCCACUAUUGUGGCAGCUUAAACUUUGCCUCACGAGCUUCAUUCAAAUCGGAAUUGUGUACAUUGAUACGACUUGACCUUGCAGCGGAAAUGCGAAAUCAUUCAACGAGCGCCCAACAACGAUACGAAUCAAUUUAUUUGAAAUGCUUAAUCAUUGAUUUCAGUGCACUAAGCUAUAUCGAUCCAUCGGGCGUUUCAUCGCUGAAACAGCUUAUUAAUGAUUUUAAUAAAAUUUCAAUCAAUGUUUAUAUUUCAAAUGCCUCAUGUCCAGCAUACGAUACGAUGAAGAGAUGUGGCUUACACGAAAAAUCAGAUGGUUCAUUUAAUUUCUUUCCAACGAUCCAUGAUGCUGUGCAUCAGGCUAUGGAAAAUAUGGCACCAAUUAGCGUCAUUACCGAUACAGCUUAAGAAUGAAACCUGUAUAUCUAUUGGGCAUUUGUUUCAUUUUCAAUACGCUUUUUAAUUGUACGGAUACAUAUAUAUAUAUAUCAAAUAAACAACACAAAACAA